AUGUUCGCCCGCUCGGUCACCAAAGCAAUCCACACGAGCGCCCGUCCUGCAGCCCGCUCCUUCGUCCGGCCGCUCUCGUCCACGGCGAUUCGCGCCAACAAGAAAAAUGACCUGAAGGAUCCUCUGCUCUCUGCUACCACCAAGGCUCCCGAGGGUGCCUCUGGGGAGCAUGAGGGCCAAUUCGCCCGAACCGACGAGAAUGUGCAGAUCGAGUAUCCGCCCGACAGCGAGAUGCCCGCCCAGCCCAUCGUCCAGGGCCGUGGUGGCAUGCAUUUUAAGCGGACCCUGGCUCAGUUCUCCCUCGAAAGCAAGGUGAGCAUGGUAACCGGGGGUGCGCGCGGUCUAGGCCUGGUCAUGGCCCAGGGUCUGGUGGCAUCGGGCUCGGAUCUGGCGAUUGUCGAUUUAAAUAAGUCCGAGGCCGAGGAACAGGCUGAGAAGCUCGUAGAGCAAUUCCGCAAGGAGAAUCCCGGUUUGGAAGAGAUGCCUAACGUCACGGCCCACUACGCCGACGUCGCGAACCCCGACUCCGUCAACCAGGCCCUAUCCGAGGUCCUGGAGAAGCACAACCGCAUUGACAACCUGGUGACUUCGGCCGGGUUCACCGAGAACUUUGAUGCCAUCAGCUACCCGUUUGAUCGCAUGCAGAAGCUCUGGGGCGUUAACGUCGAUGGCACCUACCUGUUCGCGACAGGUGUGGCCAAGCAUUUGAUGGAGCGCAAUGCUCCUGGCAGCAUCGUCAUGAUCGGCUCCAUGUCCGGCUCAAUUGUCAACGUGCCCCAGCCCCAAGCUCCCUACAAUGCCGCCAAAGCAGCUGUCCGUCACCUGGCCGCUUCACUUGCCGUCGAGUGGGCUGGCCAUGACAUCCGUGUCAACUGUAUCAGCCCCGGUUACAUGCUGACCGCACUCACUCGCAAGAUCCUCGACGAGAACCCCCAACUUCGCGAUAAGUGGACCUCCCUCAUCCCCGUCGGCAAAAUGGGUACCCCGGAAGACCUGAUGGGCGCCGUGACCUUCCUACUCAGCGAUGCCUCCAAAUACAUCACCGGAGCUGAUCUGCGCGUGGACGGUGGCUACACUCUAACCUAG